UCUGCCGUGGCGCAUAAUCAAGAUCAAGCACAGUUAAUUUGAGAUCCGAACGAAGUGAAUAAAUACACAGUUACUUGUAGUAACGAGCGAAAGAAUUGCAUCAAGAAUAAGUAGUUGUUGUGCAGUUGAUCGCCGGUGAAAGAAAGACAGUAAGGAGAUGUAACGAGCAGCUCGUUGAUAGUAAUAAGUGUAACGAAAAGAAAUAUCUGUUUAUAAAACUUAAGCCUAAGUGACAAAACGAAUUUAGUCUUUGUUCGGACAUACACAUCGAGAGUGGCAAGCAGUCGAGCAGCAGGCAACGAAAUACCUAAAGUGGCCUUAUAAAGGCAGAGGAUAAAUUACAAAACUACUUAAAGAGCUGUGAUUUGCAUAACUACAAGUAAACGAGGCUUAAAAAUUGCGGAGAAAGUUUGAGAAAAGUAUUAAGAAUUAAAAAACGUUAGUCAUUAGAGAAAUAUGAAACGCGAUCAGAAUAUUUUGAAGUUGUGGAAAAUAUCUUUGUGUUACAUAUAAACAGGUGUGAGUUCAACAUAAAAUAAAUUAACGAGAAAAUUUCGGUUUGAAAAGUUUGCCCUUAGAAACUAAAAACUAUUUUAAUCAAAAAAAUCAGAAAAAACUGAGAAAAUAUGUGAUAUUCUUUCUAUUAAAAAGGAAAUUUUGCGAAUUAAAAAUCAAUUAAUCAUAACUGCGCGUUGUCUACCAGCUCAUUUUUUCAAUGCCAACAUCGUUGUCUGCGACCAUUUGCUAAACUUUUAUUGGAUUUAAAGUUUUUUCUUAUAAAACUGCUCGUAACUAGCCCACGCAAAUUGAAAGCGCAGCUUAAAAGCUAAGGAAACAUACAUAUAAACACACGCAUACAUAUGCAUUUGCUUCAAUGAAAUUAUGAGUAUCUAGUGAAAGAAUCGAGUAAGCAGAGCAAAGCAAAACGUAUUAGCGCAGCUGUGUGACGGCAGAAAGUAGCCGCUUUAGUCGUUGACUUUACAUUUUCGUUUGGUGAUUUUAUUUUUGUUAUUCUUUUUUGUGAAUGGAAUUGAAAUAAAUCGCUGAUUAUCUUCUUAAAUUGAAUUUAAUCAAGACGAACGGACGUUUAAUUUUAAGUGUUUCAUAGCGCGCGCGCGGUUCUACAAAAGUAUCCAUAUACCAACACACAUACAAAUGUACGUAGAUGAACACUCGCAAAUCCAUAGGCAAAACAGCGUCGUGGCGACAUAACUCAUACAUGCCAGUGAUACCAGUGUAUACCUAAAUCACAUCAACUGUGGAAACAUUGUGCAUCACAUACAUACACACACACAUAUAUAAUAUAUGUAUUUAUGUGUGCUCCCAAACAAACACAUACAGCAUUUUUGAACCAAUACAAUAGUGCAGAAAAAUCAACAUUGAAAAGCGCGUGCACAAAGUUCCCCUUAGUUGGUCGGUCCGCUUAGAAAGACUAACGUUAUCCGUUGACCGGCAAGCGAGUGAGUGGGUGAGGCAGUGGACAUAUAUCGCUCCUACAUAUAAACACAGCACACAGCUUACAACACACAGCAGGUUUCAAGCGCACGCUACACUCGUGGCGCCUGCAUAUCAAAUCUAAAUCCAAAUCUCUCUUUUGCCGACAUUUCGUACUGGGACUAAAUAUUCUCACAACGUUAUAGUGUUACAUCUAACUCAUACGUCUAACUAUAAAUCCAACGGUACAUUAUCUCACAACUACCCUCCCACCCAAUACGACGGCUCAACUCUAUCAUCCACCAGCACCACCACCAGUACCAGCAUCCAAUAUCUAGCAGUAGCACUGCGCAUUUGCGUUUGUUAUAUUUAUGGUGUUUACAUUUUGGUGGCAGCGCAAACAUUCAGCGAAAUAAUUUACUGCACCGCCGACUAAAGAAGCUGCGCGCGCCGCACAUCCCGUGCGCUCGGGCGUCAGCUUCAACCAGUUGAAGGUUCAACAACAACGUAUCUCUGUGGUAGUGUCACCUUAACUGUAAUAAUUCUAACACUAUCCUCAUCGGAUAGCAACAACGACUUUGUAUUUUCUCAAGCGCAGCUGUAACCUGUGCCAUGGCCAUAAUGGGUGGUGAGGAAACUGCAACUGAAACUGUUGACUUGGCGGAGGUGGAAAAAGUAAAACCGUCGAAAUUUGGCGAAUUUUGUCGCCGCAAUGGCAUAAAUCCGAAUUUGAUAAUGCUGAAGAUAACCCUAUUCGUUAUGUAUGGAGCAACCUCAUCGCUUCUGCCAUAUCUGACCAUUCAUAUGCAGUCAAUCGGUUUGACAGUUGAAGAGAUCGCCAUCAUUUAUCUGGCAUUACCAUUCACAACAUUUUUGAGCCCACCGAUCACAGGUUUCCUCGUCGAUAAAUUUGGCAAAUAUAAACCAGUCGUCAUAAUGAGUCUACUGCUGAAUGCACUUUUCCAUCACUCACUCUUGUUCAUUCCACAGCAGGAAAUUCCAGGUAUUGUGCCAUCCGCAUUCGUUAUGCGCCAUCCCGAUACAGGUGAUAUAGAGGUCUGGUGGUCACCCUGUCCCAGUCGUGAAUGCCCCGAGGAGCCCGAGCUCGACUUGGCUGUGAGUCAAUGUAUGGACUAUUGCUUAUUGCAAGAGCAAAAACAACCACAUUUGCCGUCUAAGCCAUCGUUAUAUGGUCCAUCGCCCGAUUACUAUUCGACAACGCAACACGCGCCCUCAACAACUAAGCUAAGUACAACAACAAUGAGCACAAUUUCAACGACCGCGACAAUGGCAGCAGCAACGACAGUCGCUAUUGAGUCACCAACACCAAUAUCAACAGCCACAACAACAACAAUACCCAUAGCAACGUGGGAUCCAUCAGUUUCCACAACGCCUCCGUCAUCGCCUUCGCCGCCGCCUCCACCCUUGGUGGCAUCUACAGUGCGUAGCACGACAACUACAACCACCGAGACAGCGGCGGCGGCAGCGGCAGCCGCUCGUGCCGAGACAGCAGCAGCUGCGGCGGCCGCAUUUACAACACCCAGCUCAGUGUACCGUUUCCAAGAUGUACUUAAUAUGUCAUCGACAAUGUUCCCGCCGAUGGUGACGUCUUCUUCGGCCUUGUCAGAGCUGGAGCAGGGAUGGAAUUUGGAAGCAGGCGAACAGGGUAACGAUAGUUUUUUCAACCCCAAAAGUUGGGUUCAUUCCGAUAGUAGUGAUGCUGCCUAUUUUAUGCUUCAAAUGCAUCCAGAUUUGGCUGACCCCAUUGAGCAAUUGGGCAUGGAAAUCGAACCGGAUGACAAUGAGACAGUGACCGAUUUCAAGCAACGCUUCGGCGAGAAACGUCUAUGGGAGAUGCAAAUCAAUGUCACCGAUUUGGAUGAAUUGGAUCUACGUUGCGGUGGUUUGGUGCGUCGCUCCAACAUGUCACAACUCACAAAUGAGACAGUCAGCUGCAUGGUGCAACGUUGCAUAUUCACUUUGAAUGCACCGGAGAUUUGUCCGCCGGAUUACAAAGAAUCAGAUGAUCGAGUAUUCUGGAUUUACUUUUUGUUGAGAUUCCUCGCUACAACAAUGCUGUCAGCUGGUGUCACCAUAAUGGACCCCAUUGCGUUGACUAUGAUUGAGAAAUAUGGCGGCGAUUUUGGGCGUGAACGUUUGUUCUCCAGCAUUGGCAUGGCCAUUUUUUCGCCAAUUACUGGCAUAAUGAUUGAUUAUUUUUCGCGUGGCCUUGGCUACACUGACUACUCGGCCGCCUUCUAUACCUACGAUCUGUUGCUGGUGAUUUCGACAAUUUCUGUGCUGAUGAUGCCAUUGGGCGAUAAACUGCCAGCGGAUAAUGUUUUUCGGGAUUUGUGGAAUCUAUUGAAAAUGCCACAUGUCAUCACAUUUAUUUUCUUCUUGUUCAUUUUGGGCAAUUUCUGGGGUUUCAUCGAGAGUUUCCUAUUUCUAUACCUAAAGGAGUUGGGUGCGCCCAAUUAUUUGCUUGGCAUCACAAUCACUGUGGGCACCGUAAGCAGUAUUCCUUUCUUGUAUGGUGCUGAGCGUAUCACCCGCAUCUUUGGACAUGUUAAUUUGAUUAUUAUUGCCUUCUUUUCGCAUGCUGGUCGCCUAGUAGGCUAUUCGUUCAUUGAAAAUGCUUGGUGGUGUUUCCCGUUCGAGGCAAUGGAGGCUCUCUCUUGUCAUUUGAUGUGGGUGGCAGCUGCCACUUAUUGCUCAAUCUUAGCGCCGAAGAGCCUGUUAGCCACACUAAUUGGUGUGCUCGGAAUGGCACAUUUCAGUUUAGGUCGCGGCAGCGGUUCCUUCACCGGUGGUCUACUCAUCGGUCAGUUUGGUACCCGAGAUGCUUUCCGAUAUAUGGGUCUGCUAGCUGUUGUAGGUGGCAUCGCUUAUGGUUUACUGCACUUGGCUUGGUUGCGUAAGUUCGAUCACAAUAUCGACGAUUGUGAAGAAGAAGUGGAGGCGAUAGAAAAUGGUGAAACAGAGAAACUCACCGAACCAGCCACUAAAGAGCAGGGCACCUCAAUGUCAUUGGAGCGCCUCAGCCUGAUGAUUAAGUACAAUCAAAUUGGCAGCUUAACUUCGCUGCCGCGUGGAUCAAGGGCGGAUAUCCACGACCAUUUGUCACAUCGCCGCAGCAGCUAUAAUGUUGAAUCGACACGUGUUCCACGCCAUGGCAGUCACAUUGGUAGCGCCUCAAAAGUUGACAUUUUACGUUCAACGCUGGAUAUAAAUCACAAAUCUUCAAAUAAUUCAGUACUGAGCAAAGCCGAUAACAAAACAUCAAAUCAAUCAUUAGGACGAAAUCGUGCCGACAGUGCGCCCAAAUUGAAUCACAGCAAUAUGAAGAAUAUAUCACAGCCCACACUGGAGGGUGUUGUGCUCGAGGGCGUUGAAUCGACCUUUUUCCCCAGUCGCAUGAAAAAGUAUCCGAGUGGUUUGUUAACUUCAAUACCAGCGAUGGAUUUAUCCGUUAUACCCAACACAAUGCUGAUGGAUCAAGAAGGUACCAAAGUGAUACCCGAAGAGACCGAUCUAAAUAGCUCAAAGAUCACCGUCUCUAGCCAGGAUGAAGUUAAGACACACCACGCCAAUGGCAAGAGAUCGAGUAUAUCAGAGGAUCGAAAUGACAAGGAUGAUGCUACAUGAUUUGUAAUUCACAUGCAGCAAUGUCUACAUAAUACAUUCAUAGAAAAAUUUGUAUAUGUAUAUGAAAAGAGUGAUAUUAAAUAAAUGCAAGAAAAAAGUAAUUAAAAGCAAAACAGAAAAUUAUGAAAUUCUCAAAAUAGUUUGUUACAAAUCAUUGCAAGAAAGAAAGACAUAUGUAUGUAUAUUUAAAUGUAUGUAAUAAUUCACUUCUCGGUUUUACUGUUAUAUCGUAUGUACAUGUUGAGAGAUUAGCUUCCUUCUUGUUUGUAUAUUUGGAACAUAGUACAGAUUAUGCAUAAAAAGCAGCAAAGUAUUUAUAAUUAUAACUUUCGUUAGCUGUAAUGUUGAUUAUUUUAGCAAAGUGAAGUUGUUUUGUUUGAUUUAUUGUUUGUUAGUUUAAGCAUCGAAAAACGCUAAUAUUUACAUUUAUUUCAUAGAAUUGAUUUUAUUAUUGUCAAAUUGUAUAUGUAUGUAUAUAUGUAUUAAAUGUAUAUGCUUUUUGAAAAUUCUCUUAUU